CACAUCCCUCCCUUCACUUUUAUCUCUCCCUCUCCCUCUCAUAAAAAAUGGAAGACGCUUUCGACGGCGCUAUUGGCAUCGAUCUCGGCACCACCUACUCUUGCGUUGGUGUCUGGCAAAACGAUCGUGUCGAGAUCAUUGCCAACGAUCAGGGUAACCGGACGACUCCCUCUUAUGUUGCCUUCUCGACUGAGGAGCGUCUCAUCGGCGAUGCCGCCAAAAACCAGGCCGCCAUGAACCCCCGCAACACCGUCUUCGAUGCUAAGCGUCUUAUCGGUCGCCGAUAUGACGAUCCCGAUGUGAAGAAGGACAUGACCCACUGGCCUUUCGAGGUUGUGGAAAAAGAGGGCUCUCCUCUGAUUAAGGUUAACUACCUUAACGAGGAGAAGACCUUCACCCCUCAGGAGAUCUCUGCUAUGGUUCUUACCAAGAUGAAGGAGAUCUCCGAGGCUAAGCUCGGCAAGACCGUCCAGAAGGCUGUCGUGACCGUCCCCGCCUACUUCAAUGAUUCGCAGCGUCUCGCCACCAAGGAUGCUGGUGCCAUUGCUGGCCUUGAUGUUCUCCGUAUCAUCAACGAGCCCACCGCUGCUGCUAUUGCUUACGGUCUCGACCGUCAGUCUAAAGAGGAGAAGAACGUCCUCAUUUUCGACCUUGGCGGUGGAACCUUCGAUGUCUCUCUCCUCAACAUCACUGGUGGUGUCUUUGCCGUCAAGGCAACCGCUGGUGACACUCACUUGGGUGGUGAGGACUUCGACAACACCCUGUUGGACCACUUCAAGAACGAGUUCACGCGCAAGACGAAGCUUGACAUAUCCGAGGAUGCUCGUGCCAUCCGCCGCCUGCGUAGUGCUUGCGAGCGUGCCAAGCGUACGCUUUCUAGCGUCACUCAGACCACUGUUGAGGUCGACUCGCUUUUCCAGGGUGAGGACUUCUCCGCCAACAUCACUCGCGCUCGUUUCGAGGAGAUCAACGCUCAGAUGUUCAAGUCGACGAUCGAUCCCGUCGAGAAAGUCCUCAAGGACGCCAAAAUUCCCCGCGAAAAGGUUGACGACAUUGUCCUUGUCGGCGGUUCCACCCGUAUCCCCAAAAUUCAAUCCCUCGUAUCUGAGUUCUUUGGUGGCCGUCAGUUGAACAAGUCUAUCAACCCCGACGAGGCUGUUGCCUACGGUGCUGCCGUUCAGGCUGCUGUGCUCACUGGCCAAACCUCGGAGAAGACCGCAGACCUUCUUCUCCUUGACGUUGCUCCCUUGUCUCUUGGUGUUGCCAUGCAGGGCGAUGUCUUCGGUGUUGUUGUUCCCCGUAACACCCCUAUCCCCACCAACAAGUCGAGAACAUUUACCACUGUUGAGGACAACCAGACCACUGUUACCUUCCCUGUUUACGAGGGUGAGCGGACGCAGUGCCGUGACAACCGACUCCUCGGCGAGUUCGAGCUCACUGGCAUUCCCCCUAUGCCUCGUGGCCAGGCAGAGCUGGUCACCACCUUCGAGGUUGAUGCUAACGGUCUCCUGAAGGUCUCUGCACAGGACCGUGCGUCCGGCCGUAAGGCGUCUAUCAGCAUUACCAACUCCGUUGGCCGUCUCUCGUCCGCUGAGAUCGAACAGAUGAUCAAGGAUGCUGAUCAGUUCAAGCAGGCGGACAAGGAGUUCUCUGCCCGCCACGAAGCCAAGUCUGACUUGGAGGCUUACAUCCACCAGGUCGAGGGUACCAUCACCUCUCCUGAGAUUGGCAUGAAGCUUAAGCGCGGAGCGAAGGGCCAGGUGGAGGCCGAGCUCGCCCGGGCAUUGGAGAAGCUUGAGAUCGAGGACUCGACUGCCGAUGAGCUCAGAAAAGCUCAGCUUCAAAUCAAGCGGGCGCUGACGAAGGCUACUGCUGGUCUUCGGUAAAUUAUCGCAACCUCCUGCGUGGCAUCGUAGAUUAUGUGGCUGUAUAUGUACCAUGUCGCAUCAUUUGUUGUUUCUUUAGCUUUCGUUUUUAUGAUAUGGUUUUCAUGACCACUCUCAAUUAUGC